GCCCCACUGGGUUAAACAACGCGACGCGGCCCGGGCCGAGGCCAGGGCCGAAGAAGAAAAGGGAGGAGCGACCGCAGGCAGAAGUAGGCCGACAACGAGGGUCACGCUACCGCCUGCUGCGAAAAAGCAACGAUCCGAGUCCAGGGACAGAAGUGCAUCCAGGCCGCCACCCAGGGACGACCAGACCCACUGGCCAGGCCUCCAGAAACCAGGGGACAAGAGGACCCACUCUGGGCACGUGCAGCAAGCUGACGUCGAUGUGCCAGGCGUCCUCUGCGCUCGUCGCGUGCCUGGUGAUGUCCUUCUACUGGGACUGGCAUCUCGGUUUCAUCGUGCUUGCUUUCGUGCCCCUGGUGCUGCUUUCCACGUACCUGGAGAGCCGCAUGCUGCGAGGGAAGCUCAUCUCCUCCAAGCAGGCACUCGAAUACUCCACCAAGGUUGCCGCCGAAGCUAUCCAGAACAUCCGUACGGUGGCGUCACUGCACCAGGAGGAAGUCUUCUGUGCUAACUACAUGCUUUCACUUUUAGAGGCGCAGAGGGUGGUGGAAGGCGUGAUUCUGGGCACGGCCAUCGUGGGCCAGGCUGUGGCCUACUCGCCCGACUAUCACAAGGCCAAGCUCGCCGCCCAGAAGUUAUUCCGGCUCAUCGAUCGUGUGCCCACCCUUGACUUCUCGGACAGGAGCGGUAUCACCAUGGACACGGUGCGCGGCUUCCUGACGUUGAACGAGGUGAGCUUCUCGUACGCGGGCGAGCCAGAUGUCAAGGUGCUGGACCGCGUCACCUUCUCGGUGGAGCCCGGCCAACGGGUCGCCAUCGUCGGCACCGCGGGCUCGGGACGCACCACGGCCAUCUACCUCGUCGAGCGCUUCUACGACAUCGUCGACGGCGAGAUCCUGAUCGACCACAUCUCGACCAAGAUGAUGCGGCUGUCGUGGAUGCGUGAGCAGCUGGGCUACGUGAGCUCGGAAACUCUGCUGCGUAGCUACAACAUUGCCGACAACAUCGCGUACGGCGACAACAGCCGCGACGUGUCACGCGACGAGGUCGUGGUGGCUGCGUGUCGGGCACAGGCGCACGACUUCAUCACGCAGCUGCCUCAGGGUUACGACACCGUGCUGCCGCCGCCGGGGGAGCCGCCGUUGCUCAGCGAGAGCCAGGCCAAGCGAGUGGCCCUAGCCCGGGCAUUGGUGCGGGACCCGCGCAUCCUGCUGGUCGACGACUCCGUCAAGGGUCUGGACGCCGAAAACCAGCAGGCGAGCGAGUCGAUCGCAGUCUGUCACGAAAUAGCAGACGACGAGCGGUGUGGAGGGAUCGUUACAGCUAGUAGCGGAGCUGGAAAAUACCUGUCCUAUAGAUGUCUUUCGGUGAAUUAUAUGCCGCGUUUCUCAAUCCCCAAGUAUUACCAUUUGGUAACACUUGAAACGUUUCAUGACAGUGUCAAGUAACCACGCCAUGCAGCGUGACUGGGCCAACCCAUUACCUCCAAUAGAAAGUCCGACGGAUUCACGCAAAUAACGAGGAAUGCACCUUCUUUUUUAGUACAGUUGUAUAAGCUGCAAACGAUGCAUGACACCUGUGGGGAGGCAUUUAGGAACUAGCUAUGAUGUCAUUGCUAUGAUGUCAGAAAGAAAAUUUUUCUGCAAAUGCUACGCACACUGAAUCCCCUAGCCAUGACAUUGACUAAGAAAGUCACCCAUAAGCAGCACUGAGCGCAAAUGGACGGCACUCCUUCAACUGUGAUAACUGCACAUUGAAACCAUGCACAAGUUGAGCAUCGCAGUGCCGCCUGCUUGCGUGUCACCUUUCAUAGGCUUACAACAUGUAAACUUCUGCGGUCACCAUUUUUUAGCAAAGCCGCCGUGAAGGAGUAGAAACGUUAUUUCUGCUUUACUUGCAAACUUCUAGUGCUCACGUGGUCCGUGUCUGUGUUUGUCUACACCCACAGCUGUUCCAAAAGAACCACAGUACAGGCAAGCUUUAAUCGUAACUUAAGUUUCUAGCUCUCGGUGUGCCCCUCAAAUUUGCAUGUUGUUGACCAGAUGUUUAUUUAUCCGACAAUUCGAAUACGUAAUUCACAUUACAGUACAAACCUGCAGCGUUGUACUUGGGCCGAGAAUUACCAGUUUAGCGUAUAUGCGUGGCUUUUUUUGCUGACCAAUGAACUGCAGCGGGGCGCUUGGUUUAGUGAAGUGCGUCAUGGAAAAGCGCCCCGUGGCUUGGUGUGAUCGGAGGGAAAUUGGACGAUCACAUCACAGCUUUAGCACUCGGGAAGUCACCACCAAAAAGUACUACAAUAUACAACAAAAUCCGCUGUAAUAUUUGUCAGUAGCCAAUAAAAUAUAAAAAAGAACUUGAAAAAACAAGCACGAGGUCCACCAACCCUGUGCGUACAACGUGCAAGACUUGAGAAACAUCAGUACCACCCUUUCGAAAAUUCUGUUGAACGCAUUUACAUAUGCCUACUUACCGCGUUAAAUAAAACGUGGCGUGGUCACCUCUCUCGGUUCCAAAGCGCAAACCGUCGUUUCUCCAUUUUGCCGGCUUGCGCGGCUUCCGACGCCGUUUGUCGCUCGCCUUCGCCGUCAGGUGGUGCGCAACGCCAUCGCGGAGGCGAGCAAGGGCCGCACCUGCGUCAUGGUGUCGUCCAAGCUGUCCGUCAUCAAGGACGUGGACCGCAUCUUCGUCAUGCAGCGCGGCAGGGUGGUCGAGAAAGGCUCGCACGCCGAGCUCAUGCGGCGGGAGGGCGUCUACCACAAGCUCUUCACCGAGGAAGGAGCCGAGCAGUGAAACGGCGGCGCCCACUUUCAUCCGCGAGAGGGUUCCCAGUGGCCCGCACAGACAUUGCCCACAGAACUUUGCUUCCAAUGCCGUACCACAUUUUUUUUUUUUUUUUUUUUACUGCGAAUCCACUUGAACUUUUUAACUAGCGUCUAUCUCCUGAUCGUUCGAGCCCUACCAUUGAGAAGGCAUAGUGCAGUGUACAGUGUUAUGCUUAGAGUUAUUGUGCAAACGUAGUUUUAAGACGCCGCUCGUUCGACACCAGCGCGCUGCCUGGUGUUCCAGGUGCCUGGUGGUAGCCUGCAAACGGGCGUGAAUGCGAGCUACCGCAGCGGUCGGCACCGACCGUGGUAAUUGGCUAACGAGCGGCAAACGCCAGAAUAUCCAGCGCGUAUUAUUGUGUGCGCUUUGCCCGGGCUGUCUUGAAUGAAGGCGCACUGCGUCUUUAAGCGUGCUUCUAUCUCUUCUGGUAUGUGUUGCGUGGAUAAAGUAGGACAAGGCAACAUUUAUUGUUGAAAUAUGCUGAAAUCUUUCGUCUAAGCAUGUUUCAUGGCACUUUCUAGCAUUUUCUCGCGAUUUCCUUUUUAUAUAUAGAGCGUCUACUGGGCACCUGUAAUUUUCUUACGAUUUGUAAUAUCUAAACAUUUGUUCGUAAAAUCGGCUCCACAGAUGCUGUGUCUUCGAUAUCAGUUUCCGUCUGCGUGUCAACGUUUUCAUACACGAUAUGUGAAUUUCUCGCGGUGUAAGCAGUACAGCUCAAUGACCCCUAGAACUUUCUGCAAGACAAGAGAAUGAGACAUGUUAAAGUUACAGAAAGGUGGUAUAUCUGCAGCCUUUCCUUAAAGGACCCCACACCAGAACACAAAGAAAAGUUGUUAUACGCUGGAAGUUGCUACAUGUCCUCUACCGCAAAGAGUUUUCAAAUUGGUUCAUUAUUAGCCGAGAUCUAUAGAAAUAUUUCAGUGCCACGAACCGAUGAUUUCAGGAGGCGAGCUUCACCGCCAGCAUAAUCUCUCUCCUCGUUGCUCGUCUAGGUUGGUCUAGCCUCCGCAAGCGAAAUUCCUUCCCUGCGUUCUCCCAUUAGCGGCGCCCUCUCGGAAAGUUCUUUGUCGCCACUUAGAAGGACUGUCAGGGGUGCACUAAUGGAAGCGAAAUUUCGAAUGAAAUGCCCGAAAUACGAGCAUAAACGAAGAAAACUUUGAAGCUCCUUUAACUUCUUUGGUGGUGGAGAGUCGGUGACAGCGCGGAGCUUGGCUGGAUCCGGAAGGAUGCCGUCUCGCGAUACAACAUGGACAAGAAUAGUGAACUUUAGGGCGCCGAAACGACAUUUUUUUUUUUUUUUUGAGUUGAAGUCCCCCGUCAGUAAGGUAUUUCAGAACGUGUUCGAGACGACUGAGAUGUGUUCGUAAAACAGCGGAAAGGACAACUACGUCAUCCAGGUAGCUUAGACAUGUGUUCCAUUUGAAGCCGCGUAAAAUAUUAUCCAUCAUUCCCUCAAAAGUGGCUGGAGCAUUACACAGGCCGAAAGGCAUUACGAUGAAUUCGUAUAAUCCGUCAGGUGUUACAAAUGCUGUUUUAGGUCGAUUAGAUGCUGCCGAAGGGACUUGCCAGAAUCUGGAGCGUAAAUCCAGCGAAGAAAAGAACUCCGCUCCCUGCAAACAUUUGAGAGCGUCGUCGAUGCGUGGUAACGGGUAAACGUCCUUGCGCGUUAUCUUGUUCAGACGUCGGUAGUCGACGCAAAAUCGAAUGGAGCCAUCCUUUUUCUUAACGAGAACGACCGGUGACGACCAGGGACUGUUGGAAGGCUGCACAACGCCACGCUUGAGCAUGUCACCAACCUGGUGGUCCAUGACACGGCGCUCAGAGGCGGAUACUCGGUAAGGGCGCUGCCGUAGAGGUGUAUGACUGCCGGUAUCUAUCUGGUGAAAAACGGUCGAUGUGCGGCCCAAACCGGAAACAUGGCUGUCGAAAGAAGCGCGGAACUUCUGCAGGAGAGUGAUAAGCUGGCUUCGUUCUGAAGAUGACGUUUCAUCGUCGAUGGAGGGGUGGAAAGCGUCGAGGAGUGACUGAUCAACCGCAGGGUAACAAGUAAGUGCGCUAAGGUCCGCAGAAGUAGAAACGGCAGGAGCGUCAACGAUGCAAAAGGUGUCGACCAGUUGAACGAGGCCUAGCCAUUCACCAUGAAAUAAAGGUCAAGGGCAGGCCGUGGCAUUGUCGACGACCAUUUUCGUUACGCCACUGCGAAGAGUAAGGAGAGCAAAGGGCAGCGGAGAACAUCUGCGGCGAAUGAACGCCUCAGAGGGCGUAAAGAGAACAGUGCCAUCAGAAAUAGCGGCGCUUGACACGGCCACAAGCAGGGAAGAGCAUGAAGGGACAGCAUUGCCUUCAGACACAAACAGUUUAGCACUAGAAGUGGGGUUUUCGACAGUUUCAAAGUCCGGAAGUGCAGCAAGUUCGAGUUUGGCGUGACAACAGUCAGUAACGGCAUUAUUAUUUGCAAGGAAGUCCCAGCCUAAUGUCAUGGGAACACGAGGGCAGCACGACGAAUUCGACGAUAUACAGUAGUCCUUGAAUAAAGACGCGAGCAGUACAGGCAGCGAGAGCCAUAAUAUUUUGAGCAUUCGCGGUUCAAAGGGAGAAGCCGCGGAGCGAAGCGUCAAAACCUUUCGUAGUGUGCGGCAGAGUUCGGCAGAAAUUACGGAUACGGCGGCUCCUGUAUCUACAAGUGCCAGGACGGCGAUUCCUUCGACAGACAAUUACGUUGGCUGGAGAGGGACGAGGACUUGGGAAUUGUGACGUGGACGCAGUUCGUGCCUCGGGAACUGCGGCCAUCAGUUUUCCUGCUCGGUGGACACGGGACGGCGCCGCAUGGGAGAAAGUGAGCGGCGGGUAGACGCGGUUGGACGGUCAGGGGAAAAGGAAGAGGUAGGAAGGCUGGAAGGCGAAGAGGAAAACUGAGCGGGAAAGGGUGGCGCUCGCAGGAUGUACCGAAGAGGAAGCAUGCAACGACGACAAUGGCGCGCCACGUGACCAGCACCACCACAAGCAAAACAUGUUGGACGGUCAUCGAAGGUGCACCACUGGUGGGGGUAAGGUCCGAGUCAUGGUUGAGGAAUCGGAAAAUGCUGUCGGUCGGGUAGCGGCAUAGGAGGAAAAUGCUGUCUGUCUGGAAGCGGUAUAGAUGGCGGCAAAAAUGCCGGCGGUUGAUGCAUAGAGGGCGGCAAGAGCGUUUGUGGACGAGAUCGGGAAACUGCUUCAGCGUAAGUGAGAGGUGCAGUGACUGGUGUCUGCUCAGCGAAUGGAGGAACGGCUUGAGAGACUUGCUCUUGAAUGAAGUCGUGGAUUGUAGGAAGCAAAGCGAGUGGUGUUUCCGGGACAGAAGACGUCAAAGAUAGUUGGCGGGCGACCUCUGCGUGAACAAACUCCUGAAUUUUCAUGAGCAGAGCGCCAUGGUUGUCGUCGACUCCAAGGCUUCACAGAGAAUUGUUAUGAAGAAAGGUACCUGUAUGCAUUUUCAUGACGCGGUCGAAGAAAUUUUGGACUUGUUCAUUAACACAUCGGGAGGACUUAAGUUCACGUAUGAAUUGCCAAUUACCAACCGCAUUCAGUUUCUCGAUAUUAAUCUUUGUUUUUCUUUGGACGAGCAUGUAUGCUGGGGAUAUCAUCCCCGAUUUAAGAAAACCUUGAUGCGCUACGACAGCGCACACUCUAAAUUGAUUGAGAGAGGCACAGCAACCACGCGUAGUAAGGCAGCACUGAGUAAGUCGUGCGAGCAUGAGUGCGAUCAAAGUUUCUUUAAAUCAGAUAGCGCGAUAACAGAACGCAGGCUUUCCCAGUUCUGUGAUCACUUCAGUAUGUGAAGCCAUCUUGCACAAAGAGAAAAGAAUAAGCUCCGAAACAUCACAAAAAAAAAGAAUAAAGACAAGAGGCAAGCGCACGUGGUGCCAUACUUGCGCAAGUUCUUUCACAAUUUAAAGAAAGUUUCCAUUAGACAUAAUAUUAAUUUGCUUUUCAGUUCCCCGAGUAAGCUGUCCUCGAAAUGUAAUGGUAUGAAAACGCGCGAAAGGCGCCUGUGCACCACAAAUCGUGAAUCUCGUUUCACUGACUGCAGGCGCAACGUUAUCUGCCAGAUACCGCUGAGCUGUGGAAAAACUUUGGUCAAACGGGACAGGGGGUGUUUCAAUGAAAGCUCGUCAGCACAGCAAUAACCUAAAGAAUGGCUAUGGGAGUCAUUUAGCAGUACAUUGCAACAAGUGUCACUGCACUCCCAUAAUUGAAAAAACAAGAUUUAUAGGGAAAGGAAAAGGUAAGAGUGAAAGGGGAAUAAUACAGGCUUACUGCAUUAAAAAUGAAGGAAAUGAAUGUGUAAGCGCUCCCUCUCUUGCCUUGUCGCGAGAAGUAGCUUUUUUGGAAGAAAGCUUGUGAUGCUGCUGAUUUGCAGAUCGUUUUUGCGACUGGUGUACGCAUGCCUAUGCUGAAAAAGGUGUAAAUGGCUGUAGAAUUUCAAAUAAACUUCCAGUUGGCAGUCA